UCCUCCUCCUCCGCCUCAUACAUUAAAUCCUCCGACCAAGACCAGCAAGAACAACCGUUUUGACCACACAGAAAUGGGCGGCGGCGACGGCGGCUUGCACGGCGAAGAAGACGAUGACCGAUCGACCUUGAUCGGCGAAGCGGCAGAGGAAUCGAUCGAGAGAACUGGGAGUUUGACGACGGCGGUUGCUCAUAUAAUUACCGGAGUGAUCGGCGCCGGCGUGUUAUCUCUGCCGUGGAGUGUGGCACAGUUAGGAUGGAUCGCCGGACCGGUGCUGUUGACGGUGGUUUUCCCGGCGGUGACUUUUGUAUCGGCGUUUAUGAUGUCCGACUGUUACCGAUAUCCAGAUCCAGAAGUUGGGCAUUUGAGAAUCCGAUCGUACUCCGAAGCUGUGAAGUUGCAUUUAGGAGAAAAGAGGGAGAAGAUAUGCCGUGUGCUGAUAGUGAUAAACUUAUGGUUUAAUGGCGUCGCCUAUCAUAUUACCACAGCCACCAGCAUCAGGGAAAUUGAGAAGCUAAUCUGUUACCACAGGCAAGGGCAUGAAGUAUCUAAUUCAUGCAAUAACCAAGACAACAGCUCUUAUUAUACCAUAAUGUUUGGAGCUGUUCAAGUUAUGUUGUCCCAAAUUCCAGACAUGCACAACAUGGGAUGGCUGUCUAUUUUUGCCACAAUCAUGUCCUUUUCUUACGCCACCAUUGGCUUUGCUCUUGGCUUUGCUCAAGUUCUAGAGAAUAAAAGCAUUAAAGGGAGCAUUACAGGAAUCCCUGCUGCUAACCUUACUGAAAAAGUAUUGUUAGCCUUUGAAGCUCUUGGAGAUAUUGCCUUUGCUUAUCCAUACUCGCUCAUUCUUCUCAAUAUACAGGAUACAUUGAAGAGUCCACCUUCAGAAAACCAGACAAUGAAAAAAGCUUCAACGGUAGCCAUUUCAGUGACCACAUUCUUCUACUUGUGCUGUUCAUGCUUUGGAUAUGCAGCCUUUGGAGAUGCCACUCCUGGAAAUCUCUUGUCUGGAUCUGCCUUUUAUGAGCCCUUUUGGCUUGUUUCCUUUGCUAAUGCCUGUGUUGUUCUUCAUUUGUUGGGAGGUUAUCAGAUUUUCAGCCAGCCAGUUUUCCCAAUGGUUGAGAAAUGGGCGACAAGAAAAUAUCCAAACAACAUGUUUGUGACCAAACAAUUGUCCAUGAAGCUCCCAAUGUUGCCUCGCUUUCAAGUUCAUGUCUUCAGGGUAUGUUUUAGAACAGCCUAUGUUCUAUCAACCACUUGUUGUGCUGUGCUGUUCCCUUACUUCAACCAAGUUUUGGGGCUGAUUGGGGCUUUCAACUUUUGGCCUAUAGCCAUUUAUUUCCCUGUGGAAAUGUUCUUGAAGCAAAGGAAAAUUAGGGCUUGGACACCCACAUGGAUUGUUUUUAGGGUUCUUAGUUUUCUUUGUUUACUCGUCUCUGUUUUUGGGUUUCUCGGGUCACUCGAAAGAAUUUGUAAUGCUAAGUUUAGCUGAAAGAAGCAAAAAAAACAAGACAAAGUUGUUCUUUUUCUUUCGUCGCGUUUCUAAGUUGUCAUAUGAAUGGUACACUUGUGGUUAUUUAAUUGUGUAUAUCGGUACGUUGAAUAUUAAACUUAUUUCAUGUAUUUAUUUAUGAAUACAUGUAUAUGAGAGUUUUAUGUGA